AUGGCCAACAUGAACCCCAUGGGUGGCCCUGUUGGAGGUGCCCCCAUGCCCAUGAUGAACAACGGCGUCGUCAACCCCCAGGCCGCUGCGGCUGCCGCCGCCGCGUCUCGCCAACAGGCAAACGAGAACCAGCGCAGCAUUCUCAACACCUACAUCUACGAAUACUUUAUCCGCAUGGGAAUGUACGAUUGCGCCCGAUCUCUCCUUUCCAGCGAUCAACAGGUCAAUGUCCUCGGUAAGGAUGGCGCGAACCGUCGUCGCGACGAGAACGGAAAUAUCAUCAACGGUGUUGGCGACGACCCCAUGGAUACCGAUUCGAAGGACGACAUCGACUCCAAACUCCCUGAAGACUUGCCGCCGCCAAAGCUUCCCAUGCCUGCUUCCGACACCUCUUUUCUCUACGAGUGGUUCUCCGUCUUUUGGGACAUUUACUACGCGCAGCGCGCCAAGAGCGGAAACAAUACCAUUAAUCAAUAUGUUCAACAUACUCAGCAGCAAUCCCGGCUAAAGCAGAAUCAACAGCAGGAACUUCUGCGAGGGAUGAGACCAGACAUGGCUGCGCAGCAAUAUCAGAUGAUGCGCAACAUGCAGAACGGCGGCAUGAUGAAUAUGAAGCAGGGCAAUCUUGCCCGCGCCGCCAUGGCUAACAGCCAAAAUAACCCUCAAAUGAUGCUACAGCAGGCCAAGCAGAACCAGAUGCAGCGAGAUCCCUCCGGUAUGGAUGGCCAAAACAGACCUUCUUCACCAACGUCUGGGGAGAACGCUCCCUCGCCUUCCAAGCGACAGCGCAUCGACGGCGCACCGUUCAACCCUAACCAGCCUGGCAUGAUGCCUAAUGGCCGCCCCGGUCAAGGCAUGCCAGGCCAGCAGAUGCCCGGAGGAGCCAAUACUGCCGCCGCUCAACAAACCUUACUUGCCAAUGGUAUCAAUCCUCACUCGUUACAUCCUCAGCAGCUGCAGAACUUUGCCGCCGCCCCGCCCGCCGCUCAGCAAAAGUCGAUCGCGACCUACUCGCAGAACCUGCAGCAACACCAUGGUACUCAGAUGGGAGGCAAGCAGAUGCCCAAUGCCGUUCCUCAAGGCCAAGGAUCCCCAAUGAUGGCCCAGGGUCCCGAUGGAACUGCUCUCAAUGCGUUCUACAACCCAGGCGAGAUGGGAGGCCCAGGCGGCAUCCGGGCGGGACCUGGAGGUCCCCAAAACGGAGGGGGAAGCAACCAUGCCCUCCAAGACUAUCAAAUGCAGCUAAUGCUUCUAGAGCAGCAGAACAAGAAGCGACUCAUGAUGGCCCGCCAAGAGCAAGAUACCGUCGGCGGCAAUGGCAUGCCCCGCGAAGGCCAACCCGGACAACCAGGUGGCCCUCCUGGACCCAACGGCCAGUUCCCGGAUACUUCGCCCCAGGCCAUGCGACCAGGUGCCUCGCCCAACCCUGCUGAGCAGAUGAAGCGCGGCACACCCCAGAUGAACAACUCUGGCAUUCCUUCACCGGUCCCCGAGGGUGGUCAAUCCCGUGGCUCUCCCAACCCGGCCAUGAACUUCAUGGGCAACCAGAUGGAUCCCAACAUGGCACCUCACUUCUUCAAGCAGCAGAUGGAUGGCAACAUGGGAGGCCAACCUCCGAUGAACGGCGGCAUGCGACCCCCUAGCUCUCACCCUGGUGCACCUUUCAAUGGACAGAUGAACCAGCAACAGAUGAUGGCCGCCGCACGACAACAGCAAGGCCAGCCAGGCCAAGGGCCUCAAGGAAAUCCUCAGCAGUGGCAGCAAGGACCUAAUGGACAGAUGGUACCUCAGCAGAUGCAGCAGCAAAGUCCUCAGAUUCAGGGAACUCCCCAGCAACGAUCGAUGCCUCCUCCCCAAGCACCACCCGCUGGCGCAAAUGGAGCCAACAGCAGGACGACCGCAUCCCCUCAACAAGCAGCAGCUGCACCGCCAACUCCUAGCCAAACUAACAAGGCCGCGCCUAAGAAGAAGAAGGGCGAGACCGCCAAGGAUAAGCGCGCUGCUGCCAAUAAGAAGGCGAACCAGAACCUCAGCAAUGCUGGUGCAACUCCUUCAAACGAGAAUAAUGAAUCACAGGAGACUCCAGCUCCUGCGACACCCAUUCAAAACGCCAAUGCUGCCAACUUCAAUAAGAAUGGGCAAGCUGGCAACACCGGUCAGAAUGGUCAACCAACGACUGGCCCAGCUGCUAAUGCUCCCGCAGCUGCAACAACCGCUCCUCCUCCUCAGCCACCAGCUCCUCAGCACGACCCCAAUCAAAUGAUGGGUAUGGAUAACAGCUUUGGCCCAUUGUUUGAUGGCGGCGGCAUGGAGUUGGCCAACCCCCUCAACUCGGGUGACGUGCUCAAUGACUUUGACUUUGAUUCGUUCCUCCACGACCAAGAUGGUGAUAACUCAGCCUUCAAUUUUACGGAAGCAUUCCCCAUGGGAGAUGAGAUAGGAGCAGAUUAA